AUGCACGCAGUUGAAGCGCAUCCAAUCCCUCAAGAGCAAUAUACUCAGACCAGACGGCCCAGUGGAGUUCCAACAAUUACGUUCAGUGACUACGACCUCAGCGGCAAACCGGCCUCUCACAUCGAUCCGUUGGUCAUCAGGCUACGUGUAAAUCGGUUCACCAUUGAACACAUUCUCAUUGAUCCAUGGAGUACUUCAGAGGUCAUGUAUUACAAAACCUUCGUAAAGCUUGGCUUUAACGAGUCGGAUUUGUAUCCGGCACCACACCCGUUGUACGGCUUUAAUACGAAUCCCGAGUACCCAUUAGGGAAGAUCACGUUACCUGUGCGAGCGGGCUCCAGAACAGUCGAGGUGGAAUUCCUGGUCGUAAAGCUCCCUUCACCGUAUAAUGCCAUCAUGGGGCGAACCUGGCUACAUCUUAUGAAGGCCGUCCCAAGCACCUAUCAUCAGUUGGUGCGCUUCCCAACAGGUCACGGCAUUGAAGAAAUACGCGGCACCCCUCAAUCGGCGCAGGCAGAGCAUUUAUGA